AUGAUACACAAUAUACCUUCGCCAAUACAAGAACUUACUCUACCAGCACGAAUUCAGAGAAAUAAACAACAUCAACUACGACGUACAGAAAAUGCAACCAAUGAUCAUUCUUUUGAAUCACCACCAAGCAGAACAAACACGAUUCAUCAAUAUCGUUCACUUCCAUUACCUACUACUUUUCCACUCAUGAUAAAUCAAGAAAAUGAAAGUGGUAGUGGCAGUUCUGGGAUUGUUAGUGGUGGUAUUGUUGGGGGACAUGUUAAUCAUAGUGCAGACAUAGAUGGGUUCUCCUAUAUACAAACUGCCCCAAUCAAAUUACACGACCAGAACAUGGAAGAAAAGUUAAAGAGUUUAGAUGUCAGUUUAAACAAUCAUCCGAGUCCAGGUGAUCGAUUCCCAUUAAUCAAGAAUAUAAAUUUAGAAAAUGCAGCUGCAAUUGCAGCUAUCAUAGGUUCCAACACAAGUGAAACUACCAUCACAAACUCAGUCAUCAACCCUUUGUUUUCAUCGUCAACAAUCACACCAGCAAUAGACAACACUAAUCAUCACCAUCCACUAAGUAGUCCAAUGUUCUCCUUCGACAAACCAUCCCCAGUUCUUGAACUUGCCCGUACAUCAAACAAUAUAGCCCUAUCUUCCAGCUCAUUUGAAAUAGAAUCCCUGGGAUCUGUUUCCAGUCCAGUUCCAUAUUCCGAUUUAGAAAUGUCGAUCCUUUCCCCCCACCAACCUCCCUUCGAUCCAUUAAUCCACCCGUCUGAUCAUCCUCACAGAUUGUCAAAACGAGAACUAAAUGCUAGGAGACACCUGCUGCUAUCCCAAACUGGACAGUUGGAAAAUAGACUAUUUCCUCAUUAUGAUCAAUUUCUGGAAUUUAUGGAGGAGAGAUAUAUAAGAUAUAGACCUUCCGAAUCACAACAUAACAAUGAAGCAAUCCUAUCUGGAAAACAUCCAUUUCAACAAGAUGAUUAUGGACGACCCAAAAGUUCAACAUCGUUUGUUAGGUCAUUCACUGGAUGGUUCAAGAAUCUCAACAAACCGGAAUCCAUCAGCGGAAGCCAGAAUCAGAGUCAGGCAAUAAGAAUGCCACCGGAUUUAGAAAAUCAAUUAUCAGAAGGUAUAAAUCGUUCCCAAUUGGAUUUCAUCAGAAACCUAAAACCAAACAGUUCUAGAUCAAUUAUAAAUCCCAGUCCAAUUCAUAAUCUGGGGAUAAGUGGUGUAGUUGCCUCACAGGUGAUAUCUCAAGAACCUAGUCUUCUGACUCCCGUGCCGUUAUAUACACCCAAAGCGAUUCCGAUAAUUGAAUAUCCGUUGAAUUUCGAAAAAGGUGGUGGUGUUGGAGAGAAUGAGGAUCUGGAGAGACGGAAUGCGAUUAUUAAUUCGUUGGAUGAUGAUGUGAGGGAUUUGAUUGAUGGGGUGGAUAAUUUCUUGACAUCGUGUUUUGAAGGGAUUUGGUCGGUAUUUGUGACCAUUGGUGAUUUCUUUGCUGGGUUGUACUAA